AUCUCUUGGUUCAGUAACCAGACAUCUCACAACAUAACUCUUCUUCCUUUUCUCACAAUUUUCAGACAAGGAAAAAAAAUGGUUGGAUCAUUCUCUUACACUGCCUGCCCUAAGCUUUCUCUAUUACAGCCUCCCAUGGCUGCUCAAAUCCGACCAUUUAGAACAUCACAAAAGGCUUUCGUGGUGACAAACUCUGAGCAAGACAACACACUCGAGGAACAAGACAUACAGACAGUAAAAGAAGAGCAACCAGCAGAGAAGCAGAUGAAGAAGCAGCCAACGCCAUUGAGACCAGUGGAGAAACAAACGAAUGUGAAAAGCACAGGCAUGACAAGAGAGUUUGGUGGCCAGUGGCUAAGCAGUGUCACGCGCCACGUCAGGAUAUACGCUGCUUAUAUCGAUCCAGACACUUGUGAGUUUGACCAGACGCAGAUGGAUAAACUCACUUUGAUUCUUGAUCCAACUGAAGAGUUUGUGUGGGAGGAUGAAAGCUGUAACAAGGUUUAUUCUUAUUUUCAAGAACUCGUGGAUCACUAUGAGGGAGCACCACUGACAGAGUAUACACUAAGAUUGAUAGGAUCAGACGUAGAGCAUUACAUAAGGAAGAUGCUGUUUGAUGGAGAGAUACAAUACAAUAUGGAUGCAAGAGUUCUUAAUUUCAGUAUGGGCAAGCCUCGUGUUCAAUUCAACACUAGCAACAUUGAAGGUGGUGGAGAUGGCCAGCCUCAAGAAGACGCGUAGUGAAAAUAAGUAUAUACUAAAGCUAUGGACAAAUGAGACAUCAAAAAUAUGUAAUAUUUUGUAUAUUUGUUCAUGAAAUGGUUUGUCAGUUUCUCUUGUUAAAUCUUAAAAGUAACAUAUGUACAUUCCUUCUGCUUUGAUUGGAGAAGCUUUAGCAGUUCGUCUGGCUCUCUCUCACGCCCUAGCGUUGGAUUUCAACAAAGUUUGCG